UUUGGCAGUCCCAGCACUGUUUCACUUCUGUUUCCAGAUAAAUCAAUAGUGAACCACUGUUGCUUUCAUAUACUUUAUAGCAGCGCCCCCGCGUUUCUCGCUAGCAUGUUCACAAUGUCUGGUGAGCGGUAGAGUGUAAGAGCAAAAAUGGGAGCGGCGAUGGGUAAAAGCAGCGGCGUGCUGUUUGAUUCGCUGCCUAGCACUCAGAGUACCCUGCAUAUUGUGAUGCUGGGUCUCGACUCUGCCGGUAAAACUACAGCUCUUUACCGUCUCAAAUUCGACCAGUACCUCAAUACCGUACCCACCAUUGGGUUCAACUGCGAGAAGGUGCGGGGCGCUACUGGUAAGGCUAAGGGUGCCGUUUUUCUAGUGUGGGAUGUUGGCGGUCAGGAGAAACUCAGACCACUCUGGCGCAGCUAUACGAGGUGUACUGACGGCAUUGUCUUUGUGGUAGACUCAGUAGACACGGAGCGUAUGGAAGAAGCUAAGAUGGAGCUAUUGCGCACAGUUAGGUGCCCGGAUAACCAGGGCGUACCACUACUGGUGUUGGCAAACAAACAAGAUCUGCCCGGAGCCUGUGAGCCUCGCGAAUUGGAACGCUUGCUAGGUCUCUAUGAAGGUGUAGGCGAAGCGCCAAAACUAACACAUAUUCAACCAGCGUGCGCUAUUACUGGCGAAGGUCUUCAGGAAGGCUUUGAAGCACUUUACGACAUGAUUAUUCGGAAGCGAAAACAAACUAGAAGCACAAAAAAAAAACGUUGAUAAAUCUUACGUGUGUGUUCUUCUAUACUUUCAAAAUUGUUUUUAUUAUUAUUA